AUGUCUGUCCGGAAUGAGGACGGGUUUUACACCUUCCAAAGUUCAAUGGCCGCUUCCAUUCCAGUAAUUCCUGCAUUUUUUCCUUGAGAUAGAAAAGGACAACUAUUUGCUGAUGGUCUUAUUCAUACGAACAGCUAGCAUACUUGCUCGUACAAAUACAAUUUUACAUCAUCUGGUGUACAGAAAUAUGGCGGUGAAAGUUGGAAACCUUAAAUUUUUAAAUCAGAAAGAGGCUCAGGACAUAGAUCAAGAAUUAUUCACAGAAUAUGCCUUUAGUGUUGAUCAACUGAUGGAGCUGGCUGGGUAUAGUUGUGCUGUGGCCAUAGCAAAAUGUUAUCCUGUUGAAAAGAUGACGAAAGAUAAUGCUGCUGUCCUUGUGUGCUGUGGGCCAGGAAAUAAUGGAGGUGACGGACUUGUAUGUGCCAGACAUCUUAAAAUGUUUGGAUAUAACCCCACAAUAUAUUAUCCAAAGAGGCCGAAUAAACCUUUAUUUAAUGGUCUAUUUAAACAAUGUGAAGGUUUAGAAAUGCCUUUCCUGUCAACGUUCCCAUCAGGAUCGCAGUCAGUUACAGACUCGUAUAACUUCAUUGUUGAUGCCUUAUUCGGGUUCAGCUUUAAAGGUCCUGUCAGGCCAGAAUUUGCCCCUGUAAUGGAAACUUUGAAGAAUACUGAGUCACCAAUCUGUAGCAUAGAUGUUCCAUCAGGCUGGGAUAUUGAGACAGGUGAUGAGAAUGGAAUAAAGCCAGACAUGCUUAUCUCCCUUACUGCUCCGAAAAUUUGUGCCAAGUUAUUCCAAGGAAAACAUCAUUAUCUCGGAGGACGUUUUGUGCCGAAAAAUCUUGAACAGAAAUACGCGUUAAAUUUACCAUCGUACCCAGGCACUGAGUGUGUAAUUGAACUUGAAAUGGAAAGAAAUAGUUAGCACGCCGACAUGAUUUCAAGUCUGCUCUCAAAUAAUAAACAUUGUUAUUAUUCUGUAUGAGUUUUAUCACAUACCUGUAAAAUAUGCAAGAAUUGAAAAAGAUGUACAUGUAAAAUCAGUGUAGAGCAAAUAGUGUACAUGUAUGAUCAAAAUUGAACAGUAAGUCACCAUUACAGGCAUGCCACUGAUUCGUAACUGCAAGAAGCAGAAGUAUUAUAAUACUGCACGUUUGUAACGUCGCUUUUCAUUGGAUAAUCGUGAUGUUUAUAAAGUUUUAUAAACACGGCUGCUGCCGAUUAAUAAAGAAAUCUUGCUUUAUUCCUCUAAACAUGAUGCUUGCUGUCUUAUAAAUUUGUUUUAAAUGUUUCUGACAGGUUAUAUGGCUGUUUAUAAAGGUUGUUUGCAAUAUAACCCUUGCCUAGCGACUCCGGUUAUAUAUACAAACAACCGUUUAUAUAGGUCCAUAUAAUCUGUCAAAAAUCUUUAUAACUAUUAAUAUCAGUAGCAGUGCCUAGUGCUUGUCUAGAAAAUACAUUAUUAAAUACAUUGUAUUUGUGUCCUUUGAAUUAACAA